CCAUCAAAAGGCCUAAGCACAUAUAGCCUCGGCCUGUCCAAAUGAUGUUCAGCGGUCUCUACCCAAGUAGCUUUCCGGGCGGCAGUUCAAUGUUAGUAUUCUCGAAUAACGGUGCUAGCUGGCUAGUUUUUUCAGAAAAGACUUGCUGCCCCCCUUCCGAAUCCCGCGAGUGACUAAGCGCGAGACGAGCCAUAACAUAAGGGGCGAAUCUACUCUUCGUAGAAUCGACCAUAGAUAUCUUGUUUUUUCAGUAUAUUUGCAGAAGAGUAACAGUCCAGUUCCCCGGGCUUUCUCCCUUCUCGACCAGACGAAGGAGAUAUGCAUUCAAUUCAGGCGGGUAAGGGCUUGGCUUGACCCUGUGUUCUCCCCUGGUCGGGUCGGAGGCGAAGACUGGCAAAGUUCAUCAUUCAAUGGUGGGGUGCUCAUAGAAAAGAAGGCGUCUCCCAACAAGAAGAUUUCCUUCCCUUCCUGCUGAACUCUCUCUUAGUUCCCCACCAGCUAAUGCUAAAAGGCAGUCCGAAUCUAUAAGAGGGCCACCCUGUGGGUGGGCCUUCAUGAGUUUUAGCGACGGAAUAGCAGUGCUUCAAUCGAGAAGAGAGGCCGUGGUCGAGAAGCCUGGAGUCGUAAAUUUGCAGUUUCAUGAAAUUUAAAUAUCAAGUUCGAUCAAAUCAAGAACUUAAGAGUUCUAAAAUUCCUCGUUGCAGACUUUGAGAACUGAUUCUGUCGGUGAUUUUGAUUUACCUCGAUUCCGAAUAUUUGAAUAGGAAUAUGAAGAGAUUUAACAUGUUUAUGUGCUGUUUGAUAAUUGAUCUCUGUAACUUGUUGGAUUUAUGAUCUUACAAGCAACUUCCUGCAAAUUUGAGACUUAUAAUUUGUUUGUCAAUAUCCUUUUGAUUUGAUUCCUUUAAGCGACGUGUAUCAUUUGCUCUGUUUUUCUUUUCCUCCUGUGAAUUUUAGCAUGAAAUUCCACUGGAUCUGGAUAUGCGAGGGAAUGAAAUUUAUCAAUAAUCUAUCAUACUUCUGAUAAGCAAAUAGAUAUAAGUCUUACAAAUGCAAUCAAUUAUGUGGAUCUUAAUCUGAUGAUAAUUUUUUUUUUGCUUCUCUCAGUCUUUCAGGAAACGAGUUCAACAUGGAUUCAUAUACACUUAAGUCUUUGGAAGAUUUGCCUGCUCCUUUUCGUUCAUCUUUUAAUUUUAGGUACUUCAAUUCUCUGCAGAGUGAAUGCUUUCCUGUUUGUUUCCACUCAGAUGCAAACAUGGUUGUGUCAGCGCCAACUGGAAGUGGUAAAACAGUCAUCUUUGAGCUUUGCAUUUUGAGGCUCCUUUCACGAUUCCUCUCUGAGGAUGGGAGGCUCAUUCAUACAAAUGGAACUCUCAAAACAAUCUAUAUAGCCCCGUCAAAAGCUUUAGUCCAGGAGAAGGUUCGCGAUUGGAAUCAGAAGUUCGGGUCUUGGGGGAUAAAUUGCUUGGAGCUCACUGGAGAUAACGAAUUUUACAACACCAGGAAUAUACAGGAAGCAGAUAUUAUUUUAACCACUCCUGAGAAAUUUGAUGCAGUAACCCGGUAUCGUGCAAAGGAUGGUGGACUGAGCUUUUUCAGCGAUAUAGCACUUCUACUUAUUGAUGAAGUUCAUCUUUUGAAUGAUCCUCGUGGAGCGGUUUUGGAGGCAAUAGUUAGUAGAAUAAAAAUGCUUGCUCACAACCCUGAACUGAAAUCAAGCUCUCUGGCUCAUGUUCGUUUUCUAGCUGUCUCUGCUACCAUUCCAAAUAUUGAGGACCUUGCGGAAUGGCUCAAGGUUCCUGUCCGAGGAGUUAAAAGGUUUGGAGAAGAAAUGAGGCCUGUAAAGUUGACUACAAAAGUUUUUGGCUACACUCCAGCAAAAAAUGAUUUUCUAUUUGAAAAGCGCCUUCAAAACUACAUUUUCGAUAUCCUCAUGCAAUAUUCGAGAGGGAAAUCUGCUCUGGUUUUCUGUUCUACUAGAAAAGGUGCACAAGAAGCAGCACAUAGACUCUCUCAGACAGUCAUGGCCUUUGGCCGUUCAAAUCCAUUCAUUAAAAACAGAGAACAGCAAGAGAGGCUAAGGGAAGCUUCAUUAUCAUGCAGUGACAAACAAAUGCAAUCUUAUAUUCCUUAUGGUGUUGGUUAUCACAAUGGUGGCCUUUCCAUGAAGGAUCGUAAUCUCAUCGAAAGUCUUUUUCUUAAGGGUGAUAUUCAAAUUUUGUGCACAACGAAUACUCUUGCUCAUGGAAUCAACCUACCGGCACAUACAGUAGUCAUAAAAUCAACACAACACUUCAACAAAGAAAAAGGUCUCUACAUGGAAUAUGACAGAUCUACAAUACAACAGAUGUGUGGGAGGGCAGGUCGGCCACCAUUUGAUGAUACAGGAAUGGUUAUAAUCAUGACAAGAAGAGAUACGGUUCACUUAUAUGAGAAUCUCUUGAAUGGAUGUGAGAUGGUGGAAUCGCAAUUGCUUUCAUGUUUGACGGAGCAUUUAACCGCAGAGAUAGUUCAACUGACUGUCUCUAAUAUUCCAAGCGCAAUUGAAUGGAUGAAGUGCUCUUUCUUGUAUGUGAGAAUGAAGAAGAACCCUGGGCACUAUGCAGUUAGAAAAGUGAUUUCUAAGGACCACAUAGAAAAACAUAUGCAAGACGUCUGUGUAAAGAAAGUUAAUGAGUUGUCCCACCAUCAGAUGAUCUGGACGGAUAAAGAUGGUUUUCUCUUGAAACCGCUAGAACCUGGGAGGCUGAUGACGAAAUACUACCUGAAAUUUGACACAAUGAAACACAUUAUGCAGACACCCGUAAACUGCAGUUUGGAAGAUGCUCUUCAUGUUAUAUGCCGUUCUGAGGAAAUUGCAUGGAUACAGCUCAGACGUAAUGAGAAGAAGCUUCUAAAUGACAUAAACGCUGAUAAAGAUGGUCAACUUCGCUUUCAUAUCCUUGAUGACAAAGGGAAGCGAAAAAAGCGUAUUCAAACCAGAGAAGAAAAGAUAUUUGUUCUGGCUAAUGACUGCUUGACUGGUGAUCCUUCGGUUCAUGAUUUAUCCCUUACCCAGGAUAUGAACUCCAUAUGCUCAAAUGGCUGUAGAAUUGCCAGGUGCAUGAAAGAAUUUUUUAUUUACCAAAAGAAUUACAAAGGAGCCCUGAACUCAAUGCUUCUGGCAAAGUCAUUAUAUCAAAAACUCUGGGAUGACAGUCCAUACCUGCUGAAACAAUUACCUGGGAUUGGAAUGGUGACUGCAAAGGCACUACAUUCAAUGGGAGUAAAGUCAUUUGGGACACUGGCUGAGGCUGAUCCCAGGAGAAUAGAGAUAGUCACUGGUCGAAAGUACCCUUUUGGAAACCAUUUAAAAGACUCUCUACACUUGCUACCUCCAAAAGUUGAGAUGAAGGUUGAGGACACUGAAUGCCAGAGGCAAGGGAAAUUGAAGCUUGUGGUAACAUUGACUCGGCUAUCACAGACAUUCCAACCAACCAAACGACACUAUGCUGAUAUGAUUGUUGGUUCGGAAGAAGAUAACCUGAUUCUCUUUCAUGAGAAAAUAAGAGUGGAAGAAUUCUCCAGCCCCUAUAGCGCAACAAUUCUCCUGUCAAAUCCCCAACAAGGAAAGCUGACUGUAAAGGCAAAUCUUAUUUUUGAAGAAUACAUUGGCAUUGAUAUCUACCAAAAACUUAUAUUUAUGAAGGACAAUUUAAGUGUGAAUAACAAACGGGGAAAGAAACCACCCUCUUUUCCCCCACCUGAGGAAGUAUGUAUCAUCGAAGAUGAUGCUAUACGUCAGUCUCCAACCAAAGAGCUUCUGAACUCGACCAAAUCCAAGAGGGUAAAUGAUUCCAUGCCCAGUUUCAACCUCCUGGAUGAAGAGUCUGAAGAAGACGAGGCUGCUGCCAAUGUUCACGAAGAUGAGAUUGCUGCCAAGGCUGAAGACGGUGAAUGCAAAAUCAUUACACAACAAACAGUAUUUGACCACAUACGUGAGAAAGCGAAGAACUUCCCUGUCUUGGCGGCAUCAAAUGUUGUGUGCUCUCCAUCCUCAGAGCCCUUAGUUUUGACAAGAAAACGUGCUCGUGAGAAGCAGCUUGAACCCUAUAAUGAAGUUCAGGUUUUGGAAGAGUUGGAAUGGAAUAAAAUUCCAAGAUGGGCGGUGGUGAAUCCAUCUUCAGAAUUUAAAGAGACGGAACAAAAUCAACAUAGCCUUAUGGAUGAGAGAGCUGGGCUUCCUCUUGAACCUGGAGAUGGCGCAUUCAAAACUUCAAGAGAAGAAACAAUAUUUGAGCACAUACAAACAAAAGCCAAGAAUUUUCCGGUGAUCAACAAAUCGAAGGUGGUGGUGUCCGGGUCCUUAACCAAAACAAAAGAACAACCCUCUAAGAAUCAUCCUGUGUUGAGCAUGGAUCCUUCUGGCGUGCAAAAAGGAACAAACUCAAAUGAAGUAUUGAGAAACACUGCACUCAUCUCAGAUUUGGAAACCAAAGAGGUGGAAAAAGAUGAAUGCGGGAUAUCGAAUGCUUCUCCUAGAGGUUUAGGCAACGCUGCUCAUCUAUCAUCUCGUAAAAUGCUAUCGUUUGAUAUCUCCAUGUUGAAGAAUACCAGGCCAUCAGCAGAUCCAGGCAGCUCCAUGGAGAGCAGAAGAAGGAAACAGCAGCCGUCUCCAAUUGUACCACAAAGACAGUGCUGCACAUUGACAACAGUUGCCAAAACCAGGGAAGUAGAAACAUUUCUUGGAUUUCAGAGUGUCUUUUCUUUUCUCUGAUGUUUCUUCCGAUACACAAAAAUGAGACGAUAGAUAUAUCAGUAUAGAGGAAACUUACUUUUUCAGAUUAUAACUUCAUGCGGGUAGCAACGUAUAUGACCCACAAAUUGAAACUUGGGAUCAGUGGGAUGGAUAUAUACUUACUGGUUGGCUUCUCAAUUACUGUCCAGAAAAGUGCUUUACGAGGUAUGAAUGAUUAAUUUUGAAUGAAAAGUGAGGUUUAAGGACGUCAUAAACCCAGCUGGUUUGCCGCUUUCCUA